CUGAUGGCCGCCACGCGUGAUGUCGGGCGCCGAGCUCUGCACCGAAUGACCGGCUCGGUCAGUGGCGUCAAUUGGCGCCCGACGCUUUUCAAGGACGAGGUGACGUUGAAUCGUUACGCCUGCUGUAUCUGUUACGUUCUUCCAAGCACGACGUUCGUGCUUCCCUGUUCGCACGGCUUGUGUGGAAAGUGCCAUGCUGGCUGUGUCGUCGAAGAUGGCGGAAGCGUCUGUCCCCUGGACGGAGAGUCGUUCUGCGAGGCCGAGUGCCAGGAGUUGCAGCUUCCAGCUAGGAAGAAGCGGGGCCUUAAGGCCUACUGCUGGAAUGAGCCCUACGGCUGCGAUUUCGUCGGCUCUCUGGCGGCGCUGCUGCACCACUACGAGGAAGACUGCACCUUUCACGCGUUCCCGUGUCAUCAGUGCGGCGAGAAUAUCAUGAUAGAUGUGUUGGCUGCCCACUACAUGGGUCGGUGCAGCAACAUAUCCUCAAGUGCGGCACUCGACGAAUCUCCGCUACGGGACGACGCCUCCGUCGCCAGCCCUGACGUCACUGUGGUUCGGCACGAAGCCGACGAGCAAUUGCUGUGUACGCAUGAAGAAGACAGGAUCACCGCGCUGCAGCGCGCGAUCGACACACUCACGUCAAUGACCGCAACCAUAGACGCAAGUCUCGACGAGACAGAGGAGAAGCUUGAGAAGCUGGAAAUGGAGGGUUAGCUGCCAGCCUUGUGACUGUAAACGACGUGGCGCCAGCCACCGAGAAAUUUUCUGUGACAACCGGCUAUACCUCGCAACUGCAGCAGCACGCGUUUAUUUCGUUAUUGUAAAAAGGUUUCCGGCCCCUAGAAGGCCACAGCCGGAGCAUGUCCUGGUUUUCUACGGUAGCAGUGGCGGGAGGUGAUGACGAGCAUCCUUCGUAAUUGGAAUUAUUUUACGCGAUUUGCUGCCGCCUCAAUGGAGCUCAUACUCUUCCACCAGGGGCGUAGCCAGGGGGAGG